AUCUUUCGCACGGGUUACACGACUAAUGAACCCGGAAAAACUGCUUUUAUCAGAUAAAUUACGAUGAUCGUCCUAUUUAUGAUUUCACUUUUCGGAUUUAAUCGCACGCCAGCAUCUGCUAGCAUCAACAACGGAGCUACUGUGCAGCUUGACCUGAUUCAGACGAUUUAGCUACUCCGGCUACACGAGUUUUGUACGGAAAGGACGAGUCGACAAGUGUAGGAACGGAAAAGAUGGUUUAAAAUAUUUGUGCAACUCUACUGCAUUAUCUGAAAAAAGUGUGUUUUGGGAUUAUAUUUUUUUCAUUUCGGCGCCAAAAAGGAUUCUGUUGAUAUUAUAGAGUCCUUAUGGAUAUGUUUACAUAAACAUAUUUAUCAGUGAACGUCACAGUACUGUUUGAUUGGAAUACUGUAUACUACAAGGUCUGCACGUAUAUUUUGUAUGAAAGUGCUGAGUGAUACGGCUGCUUGAAAGCGAUAUAUAUCACUAUCAUAACAGAACAGCUGGUAUAUGAAAUCUAUAUAUAGAUAUAUACAGGUAUAGCAAAACGUGGAUUUAACUUAACGAAAAAUUCGCUGCACGUCCGAGUGAAUAUACCACUGUUUGGAUUUUGUAACAAACUGUAUAAAAAUCAUAAAGGGUUGUAUCUGGUUACUAGUUAUAUCCCCAGUGCAGCUGUGUGCGUGAGCGCGCGCUAGGGUACGUCACCCGUGAAUAAUAGCCUCCAAGUGCAGAUUAAGUCGUUUCCUUCACAACAAACUACUAUGGCUGUUACUAGCCUGAACGGGACAGAGCAGACGAUAACAGCUUUUGUGCAGGAUAUUAUCCGAUAUGCACGUCAGAAGGUCGAGGACGGUGAAGGGGAUGUAAAUAACAUGGAGGAAGGAAGUGAUGAAUCACGAAAUUUGACCACUUCCGGUCAUCUUUGCAACGGAGACGCCACAGAAGAAGAGAUCCGGGAUAAAACUGAGCAAAAACACCUUCCAUCUGAUCCCAGUGAUGCUGUUGUUGACAAAAGCCAUGAGAAGGUCAGCGAGAUCGGUUUAAACAUAAAAACAGAUUAUCUGGAUUGUCUAAGCCCGGAGCAACUCAUUGCGCCUCGAGCGGAAGCGGAACAGUUCAUUGCACCGCAAGUGGAAGUUGACGUCACAGAUCUUGAUGACCCAGAAAUUAUAGAAAGCCAGGACGAAAAAGAGGCUGCAGGGUCAGAAUUAAACCCAGUAACGAUAAAUGACAACGAAAAUAAUGGUGUGAUACUGGUAGUCCAUCCCAACGGCAGCACACAAACGGUUGUGGAUUACAUCAAUGAUAUCAUUGAAUCAGCCAGAAAGCGCGCGAACGAGGAAGCAAUUGAGAGCUUGAACGACUCGUCCAAGAAAGGCAAGAAAAAGAAAAGAUCUGCUGACUCGGGAAAGCAAGGAUCCCGAAGAGGUUCCAGUCGGACAAGCGCAGUUAGAGAGCUCAUAUCAAGGAUAUUCCGGCGGGAAGACGUCAGUGACACACUGGAAGGUGACAAUGGUGUUGGAAAUUCGCAAUUUGACAAUUCAGUAACGGAAAAAUCGACAACAGACAAGUCAGCUUCAAAGAAAAAUAAAUCAAAUAAACGACAUCAUUUUAAAACUCUUUUGUUUCAAAAGAAACAGAAAUAUCAAGUUUCGACAGAGGCUCUCGCCACGGACGAAAACUCGAGAGAAAAAAUCAGGAAAAGACAAAAAGUUGGCCGGGCUAAUAGUUUCGGAAAAUCGCUUCGAAACAUGUUGUCCUGUUCAUCGUCUGUAACAACGGUGUAAAUGAUUCAUCGACCGAUAAACUUUUGUAAAAGUGUGUCAUCAUUCAUUUCAUCACCGGAUACUUUCUUUCAGUCAUUGUUCCAAAACAUGCCACCUCAGACGACAUCUUUUACGCUUUAAGUCCCCACCAAACAUGCGCAGUUUCCCUCUCACGGAAUUGCAAACCUCCGUCAGACCUGGAUUAUUGAAGGUUUUCAAAAUGUUUGAAAGUAUCUGACAUACACAAGUUUCCUUUACCAUGUGUAUACGAAGUGCUAAACUUUCACGUGUUAUAAAAUUUUCGAUGAAAAUAAGGACAUACCCUUAAGUGUUUAAAUCAUGAUUUCGUUUGAGAACGAUAUGUUCGAAUUCCUCGACAUUAUCUUUCGAAGUAAUAUCUCUAUUUUCGAAAUUUUAUAAAAGAAACCCUUCAAUUGUUUUAUAAUGCAUAUUGAAAUUCAGUUUUCAGAAAAUAAUGACUGUGGUUUCAAUUCCUUUGACUGACGACAUUUUGUCUGAUUCCUCGGUCAUUAUAUUGUCUUUGAGAAGAGAAAAAGUAACAAAUAAAUCAAUGUUUAAUUAUUGUUUCGGAUGGAAGUUUCAGCUUAGAAUCGUCAAAAUAUUAUUAUAUCGAAAAUCUUACUUGCAUGCUGCAGGACAAAAGUUUUCUUUUAAAAUAUGUUGUAAUAUUAUGCGUGUAAAUAUAUAUUUGUAUUUCCAAUAAAUGAGUUAGAAAAUGUCUAUUUUUAUAAAAUAAGAAAUAACAGUAUUGGUAACAUAGUUGCGCUAAUAUCACCAAAGGUCUAUUCAUAUAACACAAACUGUUGUAUAGAAGCCACAGAUCUAUUGUUAUUACAAAAAUGUUCAAUUAUAUUAUUAUUGAAAAAUCUUGAUUUGUAAGAAAUGCAUCAAAGAGCUUACUAAGACACAUAGUUCUUGUAGGGUAUAAUUUGAUUCAGUUAAAGGUAAAUCGAAUACAGAAACCGUUCAACUUAUUUAUCUUUAUUAAGUAAAGAACAUCUUUCUUUCGUUUACUUCAAUUUUAAAAAAGCUAAGAUAUCAGGCAAAUUAUUUUGUAAAAAAUUGAAUAUUGUUAUAUAUAGUCAUUAUUGGUUCAUUGAUGUUAUUUCUUGUGUAUUGAUUAUGAAUAAUUUGCAUUUAAUAAGUAAAGUUAAGACUUGAAUCUAUGAGCUAUAGAUGGUCAAUAACCUUUAUUAAGCUAUCGUUUAUCUAUCAUUAUAUUCCUAACUUUGUUAUCGAACCAAUCAUACAAUUUUCAUACCUUUUAUACAAUACUGAGGACGGAUAAUCUAUAUUUCUAUUUUCUACGUUCGUACAUGUCCUGCAAAAAAUAGAUAGCCAAUGGUCUGACAAUGUUGUUUGUAUCAGUACAAAUUAAUGUGUCGCUUUUUCCGAUGGAGUUUAUUUGUUUGUAAAAGGCACUGAUAGAAACCAGUAUUACAGGCAAUUUACUAAAGCAUUCUUUAAAAGUAAUUCUCAAAUGUCUGAUAUAUUUUACAAAAUGUUUUCAUUAUGUUAUACUACCGUUUGCAGUGAAUAGAUGUUUCAAGGGAGCUAACCCAAAAAGACUGCGAAUGUUUUCCUGUCAGCCCUUUCAAAAAUAUCAAUUUUAUUUCACUGGUAUAUUUGAAAUUUAUUUCAUUUGUAAUAUAGGUUAAUACAAAUAUCACUAUCACUGAUAUCAUUAUAUACAGUGCAUUGAUAUAUAUGUCAAAACAGAGAUCCUCUGAAUGUUCCUGCUACCUGUAGUACAAACCUUGGUAAUUAACAGAUACGUUUUAAUGGCGUUAAUGUACAUAUCAACUCAACAAAAGUCACCGCAUUUCAUUAUUCAGGAUGGCGACACCGUUUACCAUUGACCUCUAUAUCACGUCUAUAUGUGACCUUGCCACUUGUGUUGACGUGUUGAACUCUGUUUCUAUGUCAUUGUCACGACAAUAAAUCAAUAUUCCAUUCUGUGAUGAAAGAAGUUUAACAACAUUCAUUUAACAACAAUUAUGUCAUAAUUUCAAUUUUGAAGGAAUCGGCGUACUUUGGAUCAGGUGUUUUUUUAGUUAUUUGGUAAAUGGUUUGCUUCUUUUUCAAAACAUUGAUAAGGCUGAAGGAAACUUAAAUAGUUAAAUAGAUUUUCACAAAUUCUUUAUCUGUCCCUACUGAUUUCCUACUAAGACUACGAUUAUUUUACAUGAAACCGUGUUUAUGAAUUGUAUGAGAAAUGUUCGUUUAAUUACUACAAAGAACGAAGCAAGAGGUGCGGAGGCUCUUACGGGAACUUCUAGCAAAUUCUCAUUGGAAACCUUUAGUACAAGAAGCAAGUUUCCAAAGACUUUUAAGUCACAAACCAAUAAGAAGUUUUCUAUAAUAAUCAGUUGGUUGCCACAAUUGAUUUCUUCAGUUACUGUUUCUCAGAGUUACACGAUAUUCCAAUUCAGUACUUUAUUACAUCAGAUAUAACGGAUGUUUCUAGUUAUUAUCAUGAUAUCGUGUAAUAAUGUGUUGAAGAAAUCAGUUACAGUUUUGUUCGCACAUCGUUUAUCCCAAUAUUAUGUACUAAAGGUUGUUUUGUCUUGACAUGUCUCCACAAAGAAUAAAAUAUUGUUUCCGAAA